UCUCUCGCCUUUCUGACAAAUCGGUCGCUCUCUGUCACUGUAAAAACAAUCUCUCUCUCUCUCUCUCACAGAGCGAGCGCCAUUUUUGGCAGACUGAUGAUAAUGGUCACUGAAAGCGAAGGUGAGGGUGGGAAGAAGCCAAUGAAAGAACAAGUCACAGUAAAAGUAGAAGUAGUAGAAGAAGAAGAGGAGGAAGAGGAAGAAAGAACGGCGCCGUUUGAUGGUAGGUCCUCUUCUUCAUCUUCAUCCACCGCACCGAGAAACCAGGCCUGUGAAUCAAAUGACACCGUUGAGGCCAUCCAGGUGGCACAUAUAAAAGAAGAAGAAGAGGAUGAAGUGGGUGCUGAAGAGAUUGGAAAUGGUUCUGGUGGCGGUGGCGGUGGUGGGAAUGGACCUUCGUCUUCGUCGUCUUCGGAGGCGGUGCCGAAGCCGAUGGAGGGGCUGCAAGAGCCGGGUCCGCCGCCGUUUCUGAAGAAGAUAUUCGAGAUGGUUGAGGACCCGGAGACCGAUAGAGUGGUGUCGUGGAGUGAGACCCGGGACAGCUUCACGGUGUGGGACGAGCAUGUGUUCGCUCAAGAGCUGCUUCCUCAGUAUUUCAAGCACAGGAACUUCUCCAGCUUCAUUCGACAGCUCAAUACUUAUGGUUUCAAGAAGAUUGACACGGAUAAAUGGAAGUUUGCAAACGAAGGGUUUCAGAGAGGGAAGAAGCAUUUGCUGAAGAACAUCAAGAGGAGAAGCCGGUUCAGCAAGCAGCAGCAAGGAGUGGUGAGUGUCAAUUUGACAAAACCGGCCGGGUUGGAGGCAGAGCUUGAGAGUCUGAAGAAGGAUCACAAUGUGUUGAAAGUGGAAAUCCUGAAGCUGAGACAGCAGCAAGAGGACUCACAGAAUCAGAUGACUGCCGUCGAAGAUCGCAUUCGAGGCGCAGAAUGUCGGCAUCAACAGAUGCUUCUUUUCCUCACCAAAGUCGUCAAAAGCCCCAGCUGUGUGCAGCAAUUAAUCCAGAAGAGAAAGCAAAAGAGAGAGCUUGAUGGGUUUGAGUAUGGCAAGAGACGUAGAUUGCCUCAUGAGGCCAUUGACACCACCAACACUGUGAAUGGCAGAAGCCAAUUACCUCACGGAGAGAUGACAAUCAACCUAUCCGAUCUCUCUGAAAUCUUGCAAGAGGCGGCGGAUAUCCGCCCGAUACAAACACCCUUUCCAGCUCCCAUGGACGACGUGCUGUGCAGUCCUCUGCAGGAUCGGAAGGUCAAUGUGAUGCCUGAAGUCGGCACUAGCCCAGACAUGCCGUCUGUUUACCAUGUCAUGUCGGAGAAACUGCUGGCGGACAACUCCAUUAUCGACGAAGAGUUGGCUCUGAAUGACUCUAAAUUCUAUUCGGAGUUGGAGGAUUUGAUUGCCAAGCCACCAGAUUACUGGGGUGGAUUUGUGAGUGGACUGGUGGAGCCAACUAGUUGUAUUGGGGCGAUGCUUUGAUCAGUUUUGAGUUUUGUGAUAAUAUUAUAUAUACAGGUACAUAGGCAGGCUGCAGGAGUAUGUUUAAUUAGAGGCCAUUGCUGCUUCAAUCGCGAAGAGGAGCUCAAGGAUAAAGACGGGUCUCCUAAUCCAUUGAGCACAGAGGCGGCAGUGGCAUGAUCGUUUAUCACACAUGUUCAUAUUUUCUAUCUACUUUUUUUUUUUUUUUUUUUUAAUAUGUUGUGUGCUCCUUUCUCUUGUAAAAAUUCUUACUGCUGAACCACGAUUGCACAGCUUGGUCUGACUUAUAACAUAAAUACCUUAGAUUGGAUA